CCAAUGCCAAUAUUGGGAAUACAUUUCAUCUGGUCUGCCAGUACAACACAAACAGAUUCUUGUACAGUAAGAAGUACUGGUGUCGUGGAGAGUCUAAGAACAUGUGUACUGUUCUAAUGGACUCAGAAGGCUUUUCCAGUACCGAAAUCAGACAUCGGUGUCAGAUGAUUGAUGCAGGACCAAGAGGGAUACACAUUAUCAUAACAAAUCUGAAGUUAGAGGACACUGGAGCGUACUGGGUUGGGAUUGAUAAAAUAUAUGCUGACAUCAUGACUUACAUUCAUCUAAUUGUCACAUUAGAAGCAGUCUCUAAACCACAGACACUGCCUCUGAGUUCCAUUCUUGGAACUUGCUGGGGCAAGCCUGUAUCAGUGCGCUGUGCAAGUGCCAAGGGCUCGACAGUUCACUACACUUGGUACCAACUCUCCAAUCCCCAGGACAUACAAUUUCAGAGCUCAGCAGACCUGCACCUCCACUGUGGUGUUUCUGAAGAAGACAGACAAUACUACUGCAAAGCCAGCAAUGACGUCAGCAGCCAACGCAGUGACCUGGUUUUUCUGAAGGUUCUGAAACCCUCAGAGGAAGAUUGCAUUUAUAGCAUCUCCUUAGUGGGUCAGAGAAGCUAUAACUGUAGUGACAGACUGAAGACAAGCACAGCCCCUCCUGUGCAGACCAGCACUUGCCAACAUUCAGACACAUCACUCACCAGUGAGACAUAUCACUCUGAAAUCAGGAACCGGUCUUCACCCAGCAACCAAACCCACCAGGACUGGGUAUGGACUGUGUUGCCUGUUUGGUAUGAGGUCCUGCGCUGGCUCUUCCUGGCUAUUUUAAUAACAGCUGUGUGCUUCAUGAACAAGUGGACACAAGUCUAAUCCAGCAGUUUCAUAUACAACCCUUUUUUAUAACACUUUUAUUAAUUUUUUUGCCUUUCAUGUUAUUGGCUCUCUUUGACAAAUGGUUGCCUCUACUUCUUUAAACUUGCAACCCCAGCAUUACGUUUAUGUGCACUGUA